AUGACUCUGGAAGACGGUGGUUCACAGCUAUGCGUCUGUGGCGACACAACCGUGACUACAGCCGUACGCAGCAGCUUCCUUCAACCUGCUCCCUCCCCCACAAUGGCCCUCUCCCGAGCGCAAGAACUGUGUGUGGCGUGUGCGACAGAUGCGACCCUGGGACAUGCCCAGCGUGCUGCGAUUGCGCUAGUAGAACUGUGUAUUGCGGUUGAGAACGCCCAAUCGCGGCGGAAACGCGCGGUAUCAAUGGCUACGUUGGCGGUCGAAAUCCUUGCACCAAUUCUGCAGAAAGCACACGAUGGGGACCUUUCAGUUGAGGACCCGGCUCUUAAGCGUCUUCUCAAGGACAUCACGACAACUCUCGGGCGGAUGCGAAGCUUUAUUGAGCAGCAUCCAGGCUUUCUGAAACGCCCUCUGGAGUCCUUCCAGCUGAAGCAGAAACUCAAGAAGAGCUGCAAAGCAGUCUUGAAGCACUCGCAAUCUCCUACUCCCGCCAACGCCAAGACCAAAACCGUCCUCGAAGUUGUGGGCCUGAGCGCGCAGGUUGCUGCUGCGGUGUGCGAUGCGCCGGUGUUGAAUGCCUUCAAGCCGAUUGCGAAUGUCGUCGCCCUCAUCAGCAACAGAGCAAUGGCGGUCAAAGCAAACCGAGAAGCCGCUACCGCGCUCACACAACACGCAGAGAAUGUAACGACCAGUGUGCUGAAACAUGCUGUUUUGGCAGGAGGAUCAGAGCCUGCGCUUGAAGCGCUUCAAAGCGCUCUCCAAGACGCCGCAACACUUCUAGACGAUCGACGCGGUAAAUACACUGCGUGGCUCUCAGCGACCUCCGAUUCAGCGCGGUUCGCGAGCGUUAGCGCCAAGUUGGACAAGGCGCUGGCGGUUUACACGGCAAGGGAGACAGUGGAGACGAAGGCGGUGCUUUGCAGAACGACAGCCCAAGUGUCCCGGCUCAUUUCUGUCGAUGAUCGGAGGCUAAGUUGUACACAGCUAACUUUAUCAUUAUGUAACUGA